AUGGAAGAUCGACAAACAGCCAUUCAGUGUCGACGUCAGACAGCAGCAAGUCAAACGAGGCAGCCGCCCGUCAAAUUGUUUGUGUUUGCAGCGAGCAAGACAGUCACAAGCAACAGGUUUAAUUCCAUAGGAAGUAUCCUCCAACGAUCUGGUUGGUUCCUGGGUUUCAAAGGGUGGAGCUUACACGGACUUGCAAUGACAUCACGACACUUGUCAUCAAAUCCGCUGGUCUUCAUCCCAAGCAUCUCCAACUGCCAACUCAAGAGACUUCCUUUCUUCUCGUUAUAUGCCCUAGGGGCGGACCCAACAGAGAACACCGUUUCCUAAAAUUUCCUCUAUUUUUAUAGAGGCGUAUCUCCUUCGCCGUUGCAUAGAGACGACACAUCUUUGAUUUUUGCUUACGUAUUCGUUGACGCUGGAAUGUGUUUUGAGCCUUUGCGUAGCAAUGGACGCCUGCACUGGCUUCACUAUACCAACUUCCAGGCGUCAUGUCAUAAUAAGUUUCGAGAGUUGUUUAUAGUUGUACUUACGCGUACUAUUUGUGCAGUUUGUAAGGAGGGAGAUGCAAUGUUGUCUACAAUAUGUAAGGGACAUAUUGUUGUGUAUUAGUUGUAUUUAUACGGGAGGAAGAAGGAUGAGUGGUAAUUAGUUGCA